AUGCACUCUCAUAGAGGGGCGAACGGUGUCCUCACUCAAAGUCCCUUGAACCACGCAAAGAAUAACCACUAUGACACAGUAUUUCAGUAUCUACAAGACCACCCAAGCAUAGCCUCCACCCUAGCGAUCGCGAUACUCGUUUUCGUUGCCUUGACUCAGUCUGGAUCGAUUCCGGCCACGGUAGCCCGAACACUGUGGGACGUCAUCGUUUACAUGACGCCGCCCAGGGUAGUCGCCGCCCUAGACAAAAAAGCAAAUUCAACCCCGAUCGACGAAAGUGCCGGCCCGAUGACUUUCGAAGCCAAGAGCGAAGCGAUGAAACGGAUCCUCGGGCUCGAUAACUCAUCAUUAUCCUCCCUUUUUCCUCGAGCUCCCACACUCCCGGGCUUCGGUACUGCACUUCUCGGCAACAAGGACAGCCUCCCUCCGGGUCUGGGCAACUGGGACAACUCGUGCUAUCAGAACAGUAUCAUACAAGGGUUUGCUUCGCUGGAGUCGCUCGCGACCUUCUUGGGACGGAACAUCGAUUUAUUCGGGGCGAAGGGAGCAUUCUCGACACAUCAGGCGCUCAAGGGCAUCAUAGAACGGCUGAAUAGCCCCGACAGUUACGGACAGCGAUUAUGGACUCCGGCGGAUCUGAAGUCGAUGAGCAGUUGGCAACAACAAGACGCGCAGGAAUAUUUUUCGAAAGUUGUCGAUCAGAUAGACUACGAGAUACAGCAGGCCACACGGAAACAAACUCGGAACCUCGGGUUGAAGGUGGCAAGCCCGCAAGAAAAUGUUAUUGGGGCUGGGUCUACGCCGGGAACCAGUGCGGACGCCUCUGUCGGGGCUCGGAUUGCUGAGAUACGUUCCUUCGGAAACCCACUGGAGGGUCUCCUCGCACAGCGAGUGGGCUGCAUGCAAUGUGGUUGGACUGAGGGCUUGUCCCUUAUUCCAUUCAAUUGCCUGACGUUACCGCUUGGGGCGGGCUACGAGCAUGAUGUUCGUGAUUGUCUUCAGGACUAUAUGGAUUUAGAACCUAUUGAAGGGGUGGAGUGUGCGAAGUGUACUUUGUUGCACGCUCAAAAACAACUCCAGAAUCUGCUUAAACAAAUCGAGGAGGAUAAGUCGCUUUCGAACACACCCGAUUCACCGAGUGUAUCCGAAGCGCUGAAGAACUCGGCGCAGGAACGAUUGAAGGCUGUUGAGGAGGCCCUCGAGGAAGAGGAUUUUGCGGAGAAGACUCUCUCUAAGAAGUGCAAUAUCCCUUCGAAGAACCGUGUCUCCUCCACGAAAUCCAGGCAAGCUGUGAUUGCAAGGCCACCGAAGUGCCUUGUCGUUCACAUCAACCGCAGUUUGUUUGAUGAAAUGACGGGAAUGCUUCGAAAGAAUUACGCCGCUCUGAAGUUUCCGAAGAUCCUUGAUAUGGGCGAGUGGUGCCUAGGAGCAGCCGCCGGCCAAGCGGGUCAAAACAGCGAGAUUUGGGACAUGGAUCCGAGAGAGUCGAUGCUCGCACAAGCCGACAAGAUCGCGGAUGGCCAUGGACAACUAUAUGAAUUACGAGCGGUAAUCACGCACUACGGCCGUCAUGAGAACGGUCACUAUAUAUGUUAUAGAAAGUACUCUUCAGAAACAUUCCCCGCCAACGUUCCGGAGUCAGUCAUUGAGCAAGACGGUGAGAAGCAGACGACUGAGCGCUGGUUCCGGUUGAGUGACGAGGAUGUACAAAUGGUCAGCGAAUCCAACGUUAUGGCGCAGGGAGGAGCUUUCAUGCUCUUCUAUGAAGCCGUGGAUUCAUCUUCUCUCCCCGCUGAAACUGGCGAGCCAGAUCUUGCAGAAGUGGAUAAUUCGGUAUCUACCUCGAGUGCUGUCACGCCGGAAGACAUGUCGACAACAUCUGCGGCCACUGACGACACCCGAACGUCUCAAGCUACGAGUGUGUCCACGCCUGAGAAGGCUGAGCUUCCAGUUGCGAAUGCACGGCCUGCUUCGGAAGUUGAUUGA